ACUUGCGCUUUGUGAUUGGUCCGGCGGCUUCUGGGAUCUGUCAUGUGUCCCAGGUACCGCCUUACCAUUCACAAAAAGCACCGCUUCUUGCGCAUGCGCACUUGGCACCCGGCUGUCAAGUCCAGCGCGCCCACACUACAGAAGCUGGGAAGACAGCGCGCCACUGGAUAGAGGAACAGAUAAGGUUCCGCUGCAGAGCUGAGCAGCCAGCCCAGUAUUCUGACACGGCGGCAGUGGAAAUACCAGACCGGACUCUCCAUAUUCGCUCCAUAAGACGCACUGACAU